AAAAAAGAGCUUAAGGAUAGUUUGGAUGGGUCUUCAUAUUGCAGGAGUGUCACAUCAGAAGGUGUAAAUAUUGACAGGUCACCUGCUCCUGAACAGGAUGAGCUCAUGAACUUUAGCAGUACGUGGAGCUGGUCUCAUGUUUGUCACAAGGUUGGACUCAAAGGUCAAAAAAAUUUCCUUCCACUGCCACAAAUAUUCAAGAUGUCGAAAAUGCCACAAGUGCUACUUAUCCUCUGUUUUGCUGGGGCAGCAAAUGCCCUUUACAAACAGUGGAUUCCUAAUACCAACUACGAGAAUAAGACCAACUGGGAUAAAGGAGAUGUUCCCUGUGGCAGCGACAUAGUCCAGUUUUCAUCUCAGAGGAAGGUGUCUGUGUUUGUGGAGACCAGUCAUGCCGUGCAGGAGAUGAUGCUACCGAUGGAUGGAGAGAUUAUUCUGAAUUCGGGAGCUGGUUUUUAUGUUGUCGCCGGACAGGACCCAGAUUGUGGAACAGGAGUGAAGACCAAGUUCAAAAACUCAGAGGCUCUGCAAUGGCUUAAUCCAACUCUGUGGCAAACAGCUGCCACUCAGAACGACCUGCUGGACGGAAAUUUCCUCUUCUCUGUGCAUGAAGAGAUGGUCCCUUGUCAGCAGGAUGAUGUUGUGUUCAAAGCCCUCUCCUCCUUCCGCGUGGACACCAGCUCCAACCAGAACACCAUCCCUGUCAAAUCUUUGUCUGUGCUGGGAAAGGUAUUUGAAAGCAAAUCUGAGUUCUCAGAGUAUCUAAGCUCAGAUUCAGGGCAGCUGCAGUUUCACGGGUCGUCGGCUGUCACCGUUGGCAACCCAGGUUGUGGGGAUCCUACUGGCUGUGAGUGUGGGAACUCUGUCAAUCAUGAACGUAUCUGCAGUGCAGUAACCUGUGGCUCUUUGAGCUGUGAGACCCCCCUGCUUCCUGUUGGACACUGCUGUGAGGUGUGUGGUGCCAUUGUUACCAUCCAUUAUACUGAUGGCUUCAACCUGCAGAACUACAGAGAACGAAUCCGUCACCUUUUUCUCAUACUUCCACAAUACAAGUCCAUUCAGCUGGGCAUGUCUAAAGUCUUGAAGCCACAGCGAUUGAUGAGAAUAAUCCCCUAUGGAUCAUCACCUGAAAUACAGGUUGUUAUUCUGGAUGGAGAGACAGGAAAGCUAUCAGAAGCUCUGGCUCAGGACAUGAUCCAAGAUAUCAAAGCUCAUGGCUCCAAAUUGGGAAUAACAGGAGCUGACAUUCAAACAAGUAGUGAGCCUGGAAGCAGUGCAGGGACAGUGGUUGGAGCUGUGUGUGGAGUUUUACUUGUGAUUGCACUUGUAGUGAUUGUGGUUGUGCUAAUCCGUAAGGGAGUUGUACAGAUGCCUCCACUGCCCUCAAUGCCUGCAAUGCCUUCAUUGCCAACUCUAAGCCUCUUCAAGAGGAACAUCAACGUUGAUGACGACCUCAAUGGGGCCAUUGACCGUGGAUUUGACAACCCAAUGUUUGAUAAGCCUGACAUGCUAAGUAACAUUCCUGGUGUGAGCAGCACCGAUUCCAUCUUCAUGACGCAGACCGGGGUUCAUUUUGUGAAUCCAGCGUAUGAUGAGAAUGAAACAGACUUUACAGUUUAAAGUUGAUUUUUCACACACAG